GGCCGGCCGGGCGGGCGCAGCGAGGCCGGGGAUGCCGUGGCGAGCGCCCGCCGUCGCCCUCCUCCCGCCGCCGCCGCGCGUCCCCGCGCCCGCAGCGCCCAGCCCGCCGCGCCGGACCAGAAGCCCCCCGGCGGGCUCCGGCUGGCCGCCCGUCCCCGGCCCGCCCCGGCCCGCCCCGCGCCCGGCCACCUGGUCUACCUGUCGCUGCAGGCGCUCUGCGGAGGGCCCCUCCCGCUCGGACGCCCCCCCGCCAGCUGGCCCCCCGACCCCCGCCCGCCCCGCCGCGCCCAGCAGGUAAACGCGAAUUGCCCCCCCCUGAGCCAUGCGGGGUCCAGGCACACGGCCGGCGACUGCAGCCCCUUCACCGAGAUAGCCAUGAACAGCUGCAGGCACAACGGGGGGGCCAUCGGACCGCUGGGCCGCUUGGGUGUCUCCCCCCGCCAUUUGCGCGAGCUGGACGCUGAGACGCAGCCCCUGCAGACCUUCCCCGACUCCGACCUGGAGGUGGUGGUCUCCAAGGCCGAGCGUGGCAAGGGCUCGGGCUCCCAGCUGGACGGAAGGGCGGAGGAGGGUGCCGGUGGCUCCGACCAGCCCCAGAAGAGGAACCAGAACGUCGGGCACCGGCUGGGGCACCGGCGGGCACUCUUUGAGAAGCGCAAGCGGCUGAGCGACUACGCCCUCAUCUUCGGCAUGUUCGGGAUCGUGGUGAUGGUGACGGAAACGGAGCUGUCCUGGGGCCUUUACUCCAAGGAUUCGUCCUACUCCUUUGCCCUGAAAUGCCUCAUCAGCCUCUCCACCGCCAUCCUGCUGGGGCUCAUCAUCAUGUACCACGCCCGGGAGAUCCAGCUCUUCAUGGUGGACAACGGGGCGGACGACUGGCGCAUCGCCAUGACCUACGAGCGCAUCUUCUUCAUCGCCCUGGAGCUGCUGGUUUGUGCCAUCCACCCCAUCCCCGGCCAGUACUUCUUCACCUGGACCACCCGGCUGGCCUUCACCUACGCCACCUCGGAGGCCAGCACGGACGUGGACAUCACCCUCUCCAUCCCCAUGUUCCUGCGCCUCUACCUGAUCGGGCGGGUGAUGCUGCUGCACAGCAAGCUCUUCACGGACGCCUCUUCGCGCAGCAUCGGGGCCCUGAACAAGAUCAACUUCAACACCCGCUUUGUCAUGAAGACCCUCAUGACCAUCUGCCCCGGCACCGUCCUUCUGGUCUUCAGCAUCUCCUCCUGGAUCAUCGCCGCCUGGACGGUGCGCGUCUGCGAGAGGUACCACGACAAGCAGGAUGUGACCAGCAACUUCCUGGGCGCCAUGUGGCUGAUCUCCAUCACCUUCCUCUCCAUCGGCUACGGGGACAUGGUCCCCCACACCUACUGUGGGAAAGGGGUCUGCUUGCUCACCGGGAUUAUGGGUGCAGGGUGCACAGCACUUGUGGUUGCCGUGGUGGCCCGGAAACUAGAACUCACCAAAGCUGAGAAACACGUACACAACUUCAUGAUGGACACACAAUUAACAAAGCGGGUGAAAAACUCAGCAGCCAAUGUGCUCAGGGAAACGUGGCUCAUCUACAAACACACCAAGCUGGUGAAAAAGCUCGACCACGCCAAGGUGCGGAAACACCAGCGUAAGUUCCUCCAAGCCAUCCAUCAGUUAAGAAGCGUGAAGAUGGAGCAAAGGAAGCUGAGCGACCAGGCCAACAUGCUGGUGGAUCUAUCCAAGACCCAGAACAUCAUGUAUGACAUGGUGUCCGAACUGCAGGAGCGCAACGAAGACCUGGAGAAGCGCAUCAGUGCGCUGGAAGGCAAAAUUGACACGCUGGGGUUCACUCUGCAUGCGCUGCCCGGCCUCGUGAGCCAAGCCAUCUGGCAGCAGCACCAGCACCGGGCCCUGCCCCGGGUCUAUGGCACCUCCCACGGCUCAGAGCGCUCUCUUUGGACCCCUACGCAGCGGCGGAAGUCUCCCUCCACUGCCCCCCACACGUCCUCCAACAGCGGGUGACGCGCACCGGAGCCCCAGAGCAGCUCUGCUACCUAUGGCCAUUGUGUGGCUGGAUUCCCUCUGAGCUUUUUUUCUGGAAAGCCCCUGAAGCGCAGCCGCCUCCCCUCCGUGUGCCGGGUGGAGAGGGAGGGCCGGGCGGUCUUUGGCUCAGCCUGGAGAAGAGGCCACAGUUCCAGGCCAGUUCCAGUGCAACAUUUGGCAAAGCUUUGGGGCAGGGAGGGGUGGUCUUGGUAGAAAUAAUGCAUGUUCAUGGGAAGGGAAGGAAGGAAGGAAGGAAGGAAGGUGGUGGGCAUCUUCAGAGUUUCAGUUUGAAGAAGUAAGGAAAAAUCUGAGCACUCUCAGGAAGUGGGGGCUGCCCCCUUCCCCGUGGUCACUGCAGGGAAUGGGUCACAGCCUGUGGGGAUGGCAUCACUCUGUGCGUCACGUGACUUGGUUUGAACCAGACCCCUCGGCUUCCAGGGAGCCCAGGAGAACUUUACUUUUUAUAAUAAAACAGAAGGAAUGUCUUUUG